AUGGACAUUGGCACGACUUCAGUGAAAGUGUGCGUAUACGAUCCCGAAUUAAAAGAAAUUGUCGCGAAACAGAGUAAGGACACCGCCGCGAAUAUCCCUAGUGAUCAAGGCAUAGAAGGGAACAAACAGGAUGUUCCAAAAAUAGUAUCAGCUGUCCACUACUGCGUGUCCCGGCUCCCGAGAGAUGUUUUACGGCAUGUCACGAAGAUUGGCGUUUGUGGACAAAUGCACGGUGUUGUGCUAUGGAAUGAUGGAGCUUGGGAAAAAGUAGAAAAAGAUGGGGUAGUAAUGCGUUAUGAAGCUACCAGAGAAAAAAUGUCUGCAUUAUAUACAUGGCAAGAUACAAGGUGUAAACCAGAAUUUCUCGACUCCUUGCCAAAACCAGAUUCACACCUGAACUGUUAUUCAGGAUAUGGAUGCGCAACACUUUUGUGGAUGCUCAAGAAUAAACCAGAAAAACUUAAGAAUUUUCAUCAUUCCUCCACAGUACAAGACUUUGUAGUGGCUAUGCUGUGUGACUUGGAAAAUCCAAUAAUGUCUAAUCAAAAUGCUGCCAGUUGGGGCUAUUAUAAUACAGAAGAUAAUCAAUGGAACUUUGAUAUUUUAAAGUCAAUUAAUUUUCCUGUCAACCUUUUGCCUAAAGUAGUCAAGAGUGGUGAAAUUGCAGGUGUACUAAAAUCCUCCUGGAAUGGAAUUCCAGAGGGGACUCCUGUAGGAGCAGCCCUUGGAGAUCUUCAAUGCUCUAUCAUUGCAACAUUAGAGAGCAAAGAAGAUGCUGUUCUAAAUAUAUCCACAUCUGCUCAACUUGCCUUCAUAGUCAAUAAAAUUGAAGAUCUAGGAUGUAAAACUUUAGAACAUUUGCCAUAUUUUAGUAAUACUUAUUUAGUAGUAGCAGCAUCAUUGAAUGGUGGAAACGUUCUUGCCACUUUUGUGAAAAUGCUUCAGCAGUGGAUGCUUGAAUUUGGAUUUCCCAUUCCGCAAUCAAAAGUUUGGGAGAAACUUAUCACCCUCGGCUUGGAAGCACCAUCUACAUCUACAAUGAAAAUUUGUCCACAUUUGUUGGGUGAAAGACAUGCACCUGCUUCCAAGGCUGCAGUGGACAAUAUUGAUCUAUCUAACAUUCAAUUAGGCCAUGUGUUUAGAUCUCUCUGUGAUAGUUUGAUUGACAAUCUACACAUCAUGAUGCCACGGCAAAUCUUACAAAAUGCAAAUAUAAAAAGGAUUGUUGGUAAUGGUUCUGGGUUAUCUAGGAAUGCUGUGCUCCAAAGAGCAGUGGAAAAUUUCUAUAGUCUACCACUAGUGUUUACAUCUGGUGGAGAUGCUGCAAAGGGCGCUGCCAUUGCUGUUAUGAGUACUGCU